CCCUCUGCGUCCACCGGUCGUCUUGAUAACACAUCGACCCCUUACUAUCCCGAGGCGGUUUCGGUCUUAAAGAGCGUAUUUGGGCUGACCUCCUUCAGGCAAAACCAACUUGAAGCUAUCAACGCUACGCUGGAUGGAAAGGACGUCUUCGUCCUAAUGCCCACUGGUGGUGGGAAAAGUCUUUGUUAUCAACUUCCCGCAGUCUGUAAGACUGGUAGGACACAGGGAGUCACAUUUGUCAUAUCUCCACUCGUUGCGCUCAUCGCCGAUCAAGUGGCAUCUUUGCGAGAGAAGCACGUCAAUGUUGAUUGCAUGUCUUCCCUGAGAACUGUAGACGACUCGCGGGAUGUCAUGCGUCGCCUUCGAAGCCUGCAAAAACCCGACAUUUGCUAUAUCACUCCCGAAAAGCUACGUGAGAGCAACGCUGUGCAGGAUAUUCUCGCACAACUGUAUGAAGACAAGCAAAUCGCGCGCUUUGUCAUUGAUGAGGCGCAUGUCAUUCAGAGCUGGGGGCGGGAUUUUCGCGAUGCUUAUGCAGAACUCCAUAUGCUUCGCGAGCGGUACCGUGAUGUGCCCAUCAUGGCACUCACCGCAACUGCAAACAAGACCGCGAUCCAGGACAUUCGUACUCGCUUAGGUUUACGUAACCCACUAUGCCUGAUGCAGUCUUUCAACCGCCCAAACCUGUAUUAUGCAGUACAGCCUAAACCGUCCACGAAAAAGAAGGUUGUCCAAGCCAUUGCUGGUUUCAUCAAGUCACAGCAUGCCACUCAUACUGGCAUUGUGUACGGCUUCUCGAAGUUGGAGUGCGAGGAACUCGCUGAGCAACUGCGAAACGACUAUGGCCUAUCUGCCAAACAUUACCAUGCCGGUAUGGACUCACAAGAGCGCAGCACCACUCAAGAAGAAUGGCAAAGUGGCAGCUGCAAGAUAAUUGUAGCAACGAUCGCGUUUGGGAUGGGAAUCGACAAACCGGAUGUACGUUUCGUAAUCCACUCAACAUUACCGAAGUCGAUGGAUGGGUAUUACCAGGAAACUGGACGUGCUGGACGUGACGGCGAUCCGGCAGACUGCAUUCUUUAUUAUGCACACAGGGACGCCGUGUCACGACAUCAGUUGAUUAAUAGCGACCGAAACGAUAAAGGACCGGCUCGGACUCCAGAGGAGAAAAAGCGACAAUUAGAAGAUCUUUCAGCGGUGGCCCAGUACUGCCGGAACGAAGCUGACUGCCGACGAUCAUUAAUCCUCGCGCAUUUCAAUGAGCGUUUUGACUCCCAGCUUUGUCCCAAAGGUUGCGACAACUGUUCGAGAGGUGGAACAGUCUUUCGCCAGCUCUACACCCUUGAGGCGCAACAGGCAAUCCGACUAUUCGGAGAGAUGGCAGCAUCCAUGGAUAGGAUCGCCCUCGGUCAUUUCAAAGAUGUAUACGCGGGUCGGAACCGAGCAAAGGUUCGUGAGAGUGGGCAUGACCAAUUGUCAUUGUUUGGGGUGGGCAAGGGAGUAGACGGAGACCGCAUCAUAAGUGCGAUGUUGGGUGCUGAUAUUUUUGCGAUCGCACGAGAGGCCUCUGCGUCUGGCUGGACCAAUGAUUACUUAAAGCUUGGUCCGCAAGCAGAUGCGUGCCUCAGUGGCGACCUCCCCGUUGAACUGACAUUUAGGGAUAAUGGCCCCGGUGUUGGACCAUCACGUUCAGCUGCGAAGACUGUAGUUUCGUCCAAGGCUCCUGCGAGAGCCAAAGGGAAGAUGAAGGCUGGUCCCAGUACAUCGACCUAUCUGCCGUUGUACAAAGACGACGAAGCUGAACCUGUGUCGGACUUCGAACCGAUCAAAGAUACUGCGGACACGGGGCUCACAAACACAGCUGAGCCACAGGACCACAAUCAGGCGCGUCUCACAGCAAUGCUGGCGGUAAGGGAAAAGGUGAGGGGGCUUCUGUGGAAACAAAGUCACUGGCGAAUUUACAUUCAAAGCUUGCGAAAGAACAUGUCCUUCAAGGAAAUGAUGUGCUCGCCACCGAAACGAUACAUUUCCUCUCACUUAUAG